AUGACUGAUGCAAAUGUUGCUGAAUUUGAGGAAUUUCUACAAGGAUGGUUGAAUCGUCAAAGAAACUACCUUGAUGAGCUUCUUUCAGCUCAGCAACUUCAUCAACAGAUGGAUGGUUCAGAUAGGAUGAAUCUGUUAAACAGAGUACUCAGUCACUAUGGGCAAUACUAUGAAGAGAAAUCAAAGAUAGCCCAUCAAAACAUUCUUGUUCUUUUCUCACCACCAUGGUUUAGUUCAUUGGAAAAAUCAUAUCUUUGGGUUGCAGGGUUCAAACCAGGGCUUACAUUUCAUCUUGUAAACAAAACUCUUGAGGAUUUGUCAGAGGAACAGAAAGAGAGUUUGAAUGAACUCAAACAAGAGACUAAGAUAAAGGAGAGAGAACUCAAUGAUGAGAUGGCUAAGGUUCAUGAGAGUACUGCGGCGCCACCGCUUCUUGACAUGAUUAGAAGCCAUGGAAGGGUGUGUUUGAGUAGGUCAUUCAUGGCAGAGGAAGGUACAGUUCCAAACACAUUCAAAGAAACAUUGGAGAAUAUGGUGACAAAUGCUGAUGCUUUGAGGACUGAGACAGCUUUGAGAGUUGUGCAGAUACUGAAACCAGCUCAAGUUCUUAACUUUUUUGUUGCUGUGGCUGAGCUUCAGCUUAGGGUCAGGUCUUUGGGUUUGGACAAGGAUGCUGAGAGUGGAAAUCAAGGAUGA